AUGAGCUACAGUUAUGAAGCUUGUUUUUGGGACCCAAACGACAAUGGUGUGAACAUCCUUCUGGGUCACAUUUCUCAGGGAAUAAGAUCUUGCGACUCAAUGAUACUUUUCUUUAAGCAGCGUAGUGAGCUUGAGAAGGACUAUGCCAGGCGGCUUGGAGCCAUCACGGGAAAACUAGACAAAGACAUUGGAACAAACAUGGAUUAUGGAAAGUUGAAUGAAACAUUUAAUGUGGUGCUCAGUGUUGAGAAAGCUCGAGCACAAUCGCAUUCCAAGCAAAGUGAGAUUCUUUUCAGACAGAUUUACACGGAUACUAAGGCAUUUGCCGCUAACUUGCAAGCAAGAUAUACUACAUUGAGUGGAAAGAUUGAAAGGUUGCGGAUGGACAAGUUCAACAAGAAAAAGGGGUGUGAGGUGUUGCAAAAGAAAUUACAGGAUGCCCAGAUUAGAUUCAGAGACUUGCAAUUGAACGAGAAUAAUAUGAUUGGGGCCAAGAGAGUAGAACACAACAAGAGAGAACUAUUGAAAUGGGAAUCGAACUCUCAGGAAUAUAAGGUUCAACUAGACGUUCUUAAGCAAGAAUAUAAGGCAUCGCAGAAAUUCUGGAUACACGAGUGGGCGCAAUUAUCCUGCGAACUGCAAGAAAUGGAGAACGCUAGAAUAUCCUUUUUACAAUCGAAAUUACAACAGUUCGCAACCUCAUCGAUGGAAACAUAUAUUUUAGAGCAAACAAAAAUGGACAUGUUAACAAAUCAUCUGAACUCAUUCACGGCAGCGGAUGAAAUAUCGACGUUUUCAAAAGAAAAUGGAACUGGUAGACUGAAACAUAAGACUUCCAAAGGUGACAUGAAUUCUAGCGCCAACUGGGCUCAAAUGAGCAGUAUCUCCACGACAAGUAAAAAAACCGAAUCGUAUAUGGACAAUAUAAGGAAACUAUCUUCUCAGCUGAAGGAAACCGAAAAUAAAAGGAAACUAGCUUCAAUAGACAAAUAUGAGAAACCAUUGCCAUCUCCAGAAGUCACCAUGGCUACACAAUUUAGAAAUUCCACACCCGUCAUACGUAAUGAGACAAAAGUGGUUGCUAACCCAACAUUAUCUUUGAGGUCUUCACCCGUCCAGUUACAGAGCAAUGUGGAUGACUCCGUGUUAAGGCAGAAACCUGAUAAACCAAGGCCGAUUGUUGGGGAAGAACAACUUAAACCUGAUGAAGAUUCGAAAAAUCCUGAUGAAAAAGGUCUAAUGGUGCAUAAAAGAAAUCAAUCUCUCAGCUCACCAUCAGAAUCAAGUUCUUCUAAUCCAACGGAUUUUAGCCACAUCAAAAAGAGACAAAGUAUGGAAUCUAUGACUACAUCCGUAAGUUCAAUGGCCAAUAGUAUAGACGACUCACAGAGAUUUGCCAAAUCAUGGAACUCGUCAAAUAGGAAAAGAAAAUCUAUGAGCCAUUUGCAAGUACCCUCAUCCGCUUCUUCGAGGUCGGAUGAUGGGGGAAGAACGCCUAACUCUGCGCACAACCUCAAUGAAGAUGAUUAUAACACGAGGAGAGAUACCAGUACAAGCACAAUUUUGUUCAAACCUCCUGUGGCAGUAAGAGGAACGUCUAGGGGGCACACGCAUAGACAAUCCAUGAUAAUGCAAGAUUCAAGUAAUCCAAUUGAAGAUGCCUUGUACGAAAUGGAAAGAAUCCAAAGUAGUUCUAAACCAGGUACAAAAACAGGAAACAUCAUGGAUGAGAGAGGUGUGGUCAGGGAUAGAGGUAUUACUGUUACCUUGCCUAUUGUCACCAGUGAAGGUUUUCCAGUCAUUGAAUAUGCCAAGGCCAUGUAUCCAUUGAUUGGAAAUGAGGCACCUGGAUUAGCGAAUUUCCAUAAGGGCGACUAUCUGCUAAUUACUGAGAUUGUUAAUAAAGAUUGGUAUAAAGGUGAAGUUUAUGAUAAUGACCGUAUAGAUAGAAAUCAUAGGAUAGGAUUAAUUCCCUAUAAUUUCAUUCAGCUACUGCAUCAAGGUCUUUGA